GCUGGAUUCACCACCAGAAGAUUUUGUAGCGUCUUGUCCACCAUCGUUGUCCGCCACCGCCUGAAAGAAGGUGCUUUUUGUUCGUAGGAGGAGGGUCUGUUCGCUCCCCUCUCUGUGGAGCAGGCGGGGGUCUGUCAUCAUGAGCAAGCCAGGUGCAGCGUCGGCAAAGCCGGCCUUGGCGGGGGGCAUUCCCCAAAGCGCCAAGAAAUUUGUACAGUCGGUGAAAGAGAUAGUGCCUUCAGCAGAUGAGGAUCAGAUUUACACAGAGCUAAAAGCAUGUGGGAUGGAUCCGAAUGAGGCCGUGCAGAGACUUCUCAACCAAGACCCCUUUGUAGACGUCAAGCGGAAGAAGAAGAUUAAGGAGACACCGGCGGGUAAGUCACCUGCACAGGAGGGUAGGCCCAGAGCGCCCGUUGGGGGGGGCAGCUUUCGAGGAGGACGUGGAGGAGGCAUUAGCGGGGGGUUGGAUCGACCGGGCUCAGGGCGGGGUGGUUUUGCAUCAAGGCCAGGGUCUGGAGAUACAAAUGGAGUCAGGCGCCCCCCACCUGCAAGGGAGAAUGGUAUUCAUCCGCGGCCCCCAUCGCUCGGGGGUGCACCGCAGCCGGCAGCUGGGCAGCAGAAGCACACCUUUGCUCCGGCCCAGGGGGGAGCGCCUGCGGCAGCACCUCCAGCCGCCCCACCGUCUUUGUUGCCGCCGGCCUUCAGCAGCGGCGCGUCAUCUUUACCAGGGACAGGGCAGAGCGGUCUUGCGGCGGGCUCCGGGGUGGCUGCGCCAGGUGGCGAGCCCCAGCGGCCCCUCUACUCGCGGGGCCCCAUGGCAGGGGGAUGGGGCAGUUCUGGAUCCACGCUUGCAGACAUUGUAAAGGGACACCAGCAACAGCAGCAGCAGCCUUCGCAGCCCACUGUAUCUACCCAGCAGACCCCCCCCCAGACGCAGCCCCAAAGUGCCCCCCAGCCUGCGUCGUCUCCUUCCCCCCAGCCCCCCCCCACACCCCCUCAGUACACGCCAGCGUCGGCCCUUGCAGCGGCCCCGUCGUCCCCCCCCUCGGGGGUGUAUUCUUCUGCAACCGACCCCGUAUUGCACCCGUCGUUUGACGCGCGGGCGCCGGGAGGGGGGAUCAAGCGGGAGCUAGGAACAGUGGGGACGCAGCGGCCGAUCAGCAAGGACAGGGGCAUGUCGUACGAGUCGAGCCUGCCCGUGGGGGGCCAGGCAGGGUCCCCUCCGAGCACGUCGGACCUGGGGGGUUCGAUUGGCGAGAGCAGCAUUUCAGGGGGGCAGUCCGCGCCUGUGGCGUCCCCCAUCGUGCCCCCCCCCAUGCCGCAAGAGAGGCCGUUGCUGCAGUCGGACGUGAGCGACGGGGCGGAGGACGCCCGUGCGCCAGGGAGGAGCGUUGGGGUGACGAGCCAGUAUGGGUCAAGGCCCGCUUACCAACCCCAGGCAGUGUCAAAGGCCCCAAGCAGUGGCCUCGAGUGGAAGCCCAAGGCUCCCGGUCCCAACCUGCCCAACUCGAUCGGUUCCUCGCCCGUCGCGUCUGAGCCGAUGAACCGCCCCACAUCACCGCCCCAGUCUGCGGUCGCUGCCAAGCUGGAGAGCCUGAGCAUCCAGCCGCAGCAGGAAGAGAAGCCCGUCAUUCUCCCAGGACACCUCCAGGUGUCGGAGGCCGACCGGACGCGCCUCAGCUUUGGGAGCUUUGGGGCAGGGUUUGGGGGCUUUGGAGAGAGCGUGGCACCGCCCAAGGCGGCCACGAGCGGGGCGCAGCAGCAUGUGCCGUCCAGCAUCUCCGCCACCAGCCAGGCCUACAGCCAGCACCCGUCGUCCUCCAUCGCCCCCCCCAGCAGCGUGGCCGAGUCGUCGUCCCUCCCCCCCUCUUCUACCUCCCACUCCGAGGCUGCCAAGCACGACGGCACCAGCAGCCUGCACCAGGCGCAGCAAUAUCCGCAGUACCCGGGGUACCCUGGUUUCUCGGGUGUCGGUCUUCCGCACCUAUCCAGCCAGUACCCAUACGACAUCGACAGCCAGGGGAGCGAGGCGACCCGGCUCUCGAGCUUCAGCACGCCGUAUGGAGAGCCCACGAGCAACUUCUACGCCUCGUUCCGGCCCCAGUCUGAGACGGAGACCAAGUACUCUGGCCUCGGUAGCGCUGCUUCCGCCAGCAGCAAGUAUGGCGCAUCCGCCACCUCAACGGGCGCCUCAUCACAGAGCCAGGAGGCCGCCGCCUCUUCGUCCUCCGGCACUAGCGGCCAGUCCUCCCAGGCCGGCAUCACCGGGGCCUCCCCCCCGGGUGGCGGCUUUGCCGCCCAGCAGCCUCUUCCUCUCCACGCCUACGCGCAGUCCAACCUUCCACCGGGCGCCUACCAAUACCCGCACUUUUACCCGAUGCACCCCCCCAACUACAUGUACAACCCGUAUUCACACUCGCCCUACGCGACCCCCGGAAACAGCGGGUACCCCCAGGGUCCGGCCGGUGGGAACUACCCCCCCGGCGCGGGUGGAAGCUACCCCCCCGUUGGUGGCGUCAGCACGAGUGUCAAGUAUCCGAGCGGGCCGUAUAAGCCGGGGACGACGGCUGGGGGCGCUCCGGGGGCGAGCGCUUAUGGCGGGUAUGGGGCGGGGCCGGGGGGCUAUGGCGGCGCGCCGGCGGUGUCGAGUGCGAACGCGACGGGGUAUGAGGACCUGAGUGCGAGCCAGUACAAGGAGAGCAACCUGUACAUCCCAGGCCAGCAGGGGCUCUCCCGGGACGUCCAGGCCGCCCCCACGAGCUCGUACUACAACAUCCCGGGGGGCAACCAGCACUACGCGCAGCAGGGACACCACGGCGGCUACGGGGGGGGAUUGUACCACCCCUCGCAAUCGGGGCCGAGCCAGGCUGGACACCAGUACCCCCAGCAGGCGCAAUCGCAGCAGCCUCUGUCCGGGGGGGCGGGCGCGGGGGCUGCCGGCAGCGGGGGGUACCAGAACCAAAGGGGCGGGAACCAGCAGCAGUCGUGGAACUAUUGAGCGCUGCGAGAGAUCGGUUUCGGAGUAGGGCAGUACCUAAGUGUUAUUAGGAGGGCGUUAAAGUAGCGAGGGAUCCCCCCGUUUGAGACACGUGUGUUGUGGAGACUUGGUGCGGCGACGCCGGCCGGGGUCGAGCAGAACCGUAGGGGUGCAACAUAGAUUCAGCUUCAGGCAGGGGCUGGCUGUUAGGGUGACUUGGCAGAGAGUGUAAAUAUAGAACAGGAGAGGUAUUGUCAGUGGGCGGAUGCUUUUGGGCAUUAUUUUUCCCUCCCCCCCGUCUCCCUGUCUGACAAUUAGUCAUCUCGUUACUUCCAAGUAAAGUUUUGACCUGCCCGUGGGUCAUGGAUCAAGAGAACCGCUUGCCGACGAUUGGAUUAAGUGCUUGGAUCUCAUGUAAACCCAACGUACGUUGAUUUGCAAUCAAAAAGCUCGUGGUUGAGUUGCA